AUCCAUCUUUCUUUCAAUUCCUUUCCACUUCCCAUCCUACACCGCUGAAACCCGCCCGGAGGCCCUUGUGUACUCGAAGGCGACCGAGCGAACAUAAAAGAAUCUAUUUUCCCCCACUGGUGCUCUUCAUCAUUCUUCUUUGUUUACCCACAGCCUCGCAUCUGGAGUCACCUCCUUGCAGCAUGAGCUGUUCCUAGUGAGCUGCAUUUCCAGGGCACAACCAUCCUUUAAUCAUGGCGUCAGCUGAUAGUCCUCGCGACGGGCUUCAUAACACUAUCAUCAUCAGUUCAGAUGCGGAGAUGGAUGAACACCAGCCCCCAGUGUGAAAGCUGUGAAGAAAGAGGCCCCGCACAGACUACAGCUAUCCGAUGUAUGAGGCUCUAUUUGAUGGCCCAGCACCCUCCGAAAUGUGGCAGCCACCGAAAAAAUGUAAAAUACCCAACUUGGGCACUGUUUUGGAAACCACAAACCAGGGAAUUCAUGACAUUUUCAAGGCGGAGCAUGCGAAGAGAAAAGCGCUGGAAGAAGAAGUGCAGCAUCUGUGUGCAGAAAUGACUAGAAAGGACAGGCUGGUCGGCAAGCUUGAGACUGAAAUCUGUGAGCUUGAGACUGAAGUCUGUGGGCUUGAGACUGAAGUCCGUGAGCUGAAGCAUCAAUGUCAAUGUCAGAUCUGUUAUAUCAUUCCAUCAGGGUGGAGGACCCUUCUGUGUGGACAUCGGUAUUGCCCAAAAUGCCUUCCCCCCAUUGGCGCAACCUGCGGAACAUGUCGUCAGGUUAUCACUGGUGUUGUCAAGAGCUACUAGGUAGAAAUUUUUAUGGCCAACCUCGCAUCUAAUAUUGAAAUCAUGGGUGGUGGAAAGAGGCGGAAGAGUUGGAGGUCUACAUGG